CAGACCUGUUAUUGCGAUUUCAUUGACUAUACAACCAUGAUUGUGUUCGUUAGCACAUUUAAAUGUGACACAUACAUUGUAAAAUGAUCUUAACAAUAACAGUGGUAGGCUGUUUUCUUAUAACUGUAACUAAUGGAAAGUGUUGGAUACAUAAUGCUGUUGUGUUGUGCGAAGAUAGUAUGCCGAAUGAGGUUCAGGAUGGAGUUACUACUGUUAAGAUCUUCAACCUGGAUUUAAGUGUUUACCUACAGAAAGAUAUAUUUCAACAUAGGUCAUGGAGAAAUGUAGAACACCUCCUACUUCAACCUGAUGUUGACAGCAGUGGCGGUAAAUCUUUGAAUAUUGAAACUCGACCAUCGUUUGUUCUGCCUUCAACAUUUUCCGACCACUUGAACAGCUUGGUUGAACUAUCGGUGACAAGUAAAAGGCUUAUCGGAAUUCAUAAAGGUGCAUUUCAUAAUCUGACGAAGCUUGAGAGUCUUGACUUUGCUGGGAACGGUCAGGUAAAGUUGACUAAUUUUACAGCAGCACUACGGGGAAACAACAUGAGAAAUUUGAAGAGACUAAACAUAUCAGAAAUAUCUGUCUGGUCAAAGUCAAUACGAACGUUUGGAAGCGAGUUUUUCGAUUGUUUUCGCCAUCUGGAGGAGCUCGACUUGAGCCAAUCUGAUAGUGUAUUGAUUCCGUAUGAUUUCGCCGACGCGUUGCCGUUCCUGCAAAGUCUAAAUCUCGAGAACAGUGGCUAUCUCGCAGUCAAUUUUAUGGCAGCAUUGUUUUUUAAACCAAAUGGCAGUUCAUUCAAAUUUCUUAGAAAACUUAACAUAAACAACGCAUUAUUCCCCGACUCUUUACUGGAGACAGCAUUUAAACUUCCGGGAGAAUUUGAUUUAUCGGCAACGCCACAACUGAAUCUCACACAUUUUCGGGCUCGUAAAAUAGUGUUGGACGACUUUGAAUGCGUCCCGAGUGUAGUUCUGUUGGAAAAUAGAGCAGUACUGUAUAUAGAGUUUCCAUCUACAAACAUCAGGCGACCUUUAAUUGCCUUGCCUGUAGACAAUUUCGGUGCUAUACCUUUGCAAGUCCUGGAUAUUUCGCACAAUAGCAUCAUAUCAAUAGACUUGGCAUUAAUUGGAAUGGCAAAGUACAUGGUAGACAUUGAUCUUUCAAACAACAAGCUUUAUUUGAUGGAAGGCAGGAAACUCAAAUAUUGUUUUAAAGGCACUCCAAAAAUUUACAGAAUUAAUCUUUCAAAUAACCGUUUAGCGAAACUACCAGUUGAACUAUUCAGUACAAAUCAUAUUUUGGAAUAUAUAGAUUUAUCAUACAAUAAACUUUCUACUUUAAGUUUUAAAAUUUCCCAUCUUCUAAAAUUGAAAGUAUUGGAUGUCAGUUUUAAUGAAAUCCAUUUUUUCGAAGACAGUGCGUUAACCAGAUUAUACGAUUUUCGACAGUCCGUUUUAGUGUAUAGUGAGAAAUUUACAAUGAAGUUGGGGGGAAAUCCAUAUGUAUGUUCUUGCGAAUCCAAAGAAUUUCUGAGAUGGAUGAUUGAUCCAGGCUUUUCAAAUUACAUACAUCCUAAAGUUGUUGAAUGCCUGAAAAGCAAAUCGCAAACUUCCGUUAUUAUUGACAAAAGUGCUUUGGCAGAUGCGGAGUUUGAAUGUAAACUCACAAUGAUCAUUGGUGUAAGUUCUGCAUUGUCAGCAAUAGUUGUCAUUAUGUUAGGCAUCCUUGUCUUUAUAAUGUGUAGACGGUACCGUGCAAGAAAACGAGAAAAACAGCUCGCACUUUUUAUUAUGAAAAGGAGAGAUACCAAACAAGCUGAACAAACUCCGAUAUUUUUAUCAUAUUGCAGUGAAAAUUAUGAUUUCGUUGUAAAUGUGAUAUACCCCAAGUUAAACAGUACUCUGCAGAAGAUUCUUAAAUCUGAUAAAAGAUGUAUUGCAACUGGAGACCUCGACUUUAGGCCAGGCAUACACGUCAAUGAGGAAAUUGUCAGUUGUAUUGAAACUUGCUCCGUCUUUGUAGCAUGCGUUUCCAAUGCUUUCUGUAGAAAAGCCUGGUGUAAAAGUGAAGUACUCACAGCUAUCCACGAAAAUAGACCUGUGAUUCUCAUUUUUCUAGAGGAGGUAGAACCUUCUUUGAUGCCAAAGGUGAUGCGAAAACAUUUUCUAGCCACCACCCGUGUUACGUGGUGUAAUCAAGACGAAAUGCCAAAGCCCGACGUAGAAACAAUUUGUCGAGGAAUUGUACAGUUGAUGGCGAAAGAACAAGGCGAACGCGUUGUUGAAACGCCCAAUAAUGGAGGCGCUGCAUCAGAAGACCUAUCAGCCGGGAUAGCUAUGGAUUAUAUACAGACAAUUUUGUAAAUCGUACUUGCAGACUAUGCCUAACAAAUACAUUUGGUUCGGGAUACCCGACCCUAUCUACGAAAUAGGCGCCAACCCUGCCGUUCGUCACUUGGUAAAAAAAUAAAUGAAAUUGUGUGUGUUUUAAUAUGUAACUAUAAAGCUUUACACAGAAGAUUACUUUAACACCAUUCACCAUUUUACAAAAAGACCUUCCUACCCUGUUUUUGAAAAGGAUGUAACCCUAAGUAAACCUUUUUCGGAGCCCUAUUCUUGUUUCAAAGUAUUAGUUAGGUUACAGUGCCUUUCAGUUUUAUGUCCCGAACGUCAAAGCAAAAGAGUGGGACUAUUACAAAACAAUACUUAUGGGACUAUUACAAAACAAUACUUAUGCUUAUCCAUGUUGCCAUUCCCGUGAAGCCCAAUUAUAAGUAUAAUUACAUUUUAAGUAUUUAGCAUUGUAAGACUGUGUUUUGUUUUUUGGCAUUUGGUUGUGUUUAGAUAAAUUAAUAGAAUUUAUCUUUCAAACAAUCGUUCAUCGAAACUACCUGUUGAGAUAUUCAGAACAAGUACUAUUUUUUUUAAAUAUGGAUUUAUAAAAAAAUAAACUUCCUUUGUCUAAAAGUUUACAAAACAAUAUUGGCUUUAGCUUUAUAUUUUGAUGUUCAUUACAAAUCAAGAUUAUUCCCUUAGAUUGACGGGCAAGCAAAAAAUACUGAAACAGGCAUUUCUCUAUGGUUACCAUUAUUCGAUUAAUUAUCCUUUGUACUUGUCUAACAAGUAAUAUUUCGGUUGGCGUCCUAAACAUCCUUUAACUGAUGCUAAUGUGUACAUUUUGAUGUUACGGCAUAGUGCUAGUAUUUUUGAUUUUAUAUCUUUAAUAUUGAUACUGUAGCAUGUAUGUGUAUUUUGAAUUAAAUAUUCAAUUGUUGAAUUAUUUGGUUUCAUUGUUAGGUGACCUAGAUUCAUUAAAGUAAACCAUGUUUCCCCAAUGAUAUUUUUAGAAAACAUACAUAAGGCCAAACUUCUCUGAUCAUUGGUCUUUAGGGUAAAUUUUUUAAAACUUUUUAUAAAGGUUUUAUUAGUUUUAGAAUAUUUUAAUAUCUUCAAAUUAAUUAAAUUGUUAUGUGAGGAUUUCAUUUCAACAUUUUGUAUGAAAUAUUCUGAAAGUAUUGUGGGGUAUAAAUAGUACUCAUUUAUUGUGUUCAAUAUUUACGUUAGAAAUUGGAACAUUAUUCUUUAUUCUAGGCAUUUCUUUUAGAAUUAUCCAUUGAAAAUCCUUUUGUACGAAACUGUGUUUGAACAAAAUUCUAAAGGUCUAAAUUCUAAAAGUCUAAAUUCUGCCGGGCCAUCCGACACAUGCCCUGAUCAAACCAGUAGACUACCAGGCGUCAACAAUAACACAUAAUUACAAAAUAACUCUGCGACUUAAUUGCGCCUCUUAAUUUUUACUAACGGUGGAAAAGAUUUGAUCAUAUAUCCUUCUUAGGAAUGACAGCCGCCCACGAAAAACACCCGAUGCAUGAAACAUUUUACCGUAGCGAUGCACGUAGGGCUUAACUAAAACAGAUAACCCGUAAUUCAUUCCUCGGAAUAUAGGAACUAAUAUAAGUGUUUUAUUUUGUCAUCUUCCAUCAAAUAUAUCCUGUUAUUUGAAAGAUCGAUGUCUUCUAUGUACCUUGACAUUUCAGUUAAGUCCAAGUCCAUUGAUAUUAUUCCAUUUUGCGAAAUAUCUAGGACCUGCAAAGGUUUAGCACCCAUAUUGUCUACAUGCAAGGCAACUAUAGGUCGCCUGCUGUUUGUGGAUAGAUACUCCAUGUACAGUACAGCUCUAUUUUGCAACAAAACGGCAGCCGGGAUGGACGCGUCCAAACCCGUCCAACAUGUAUAUGAGGUUUAGUUGAGGCGUCGCUGAAAUAUCAGUGUAUCCCGGAAGAAGUAAUUUUGCGUGCGUUAAUGAGUCCUGGAAUAAUGCGUUGUUAAUGUUUCUUAGAAAUAUGAAUGAACGGUCAUUUGGUUUUAAAUACAAAGCCGCCAUGAAGUUCGCGGCUAGGAAGCCACUGUCCUCUGGACUGAUACUUUGCAGAAACGGCAACGCGUCAGCAAAUUCAUUCGGAAUCAGCACACUGUCAGUUUUGCUCAAGUCCAGCUCCUCAAGUUGGCUGCUGCGGAAGCAAUCGAAAAACUCGCGUCCAAACCUCCUGCUAUGCUUGUAAUGCGUGUUAUGUGACAGUAUCAUGUCAGCUGGUCAUACCCGUACUGUCAGUGUGUGGCAGUAUGAACAUGACCAUGCUUGAUAUUUGAAAAUUUAACAUAGGCAAGUCACAUGAGGGAACAUAAUGUAUUACAGAAAUAACUUUAGCGUAUUAAUAUUAAGUCACGCCGUUUAAACGUUUAACAAACUAACUUGAGAUAAGCUAACAUUAAAGUUAUGUCGAGGACAGUGGCCAUCUCUUUCAAAAAAAUUCGAUUACAAUUUUCAAUGUCGGUCCAAGAGAGGGGUCCAUAUGAUGGCUCGGAUUCGGCAAUGAUUCCAUGGGAGGGGCUUUUGUGUCCUUUAUGGACAUUACCGUAUCCUGUCUUAAAAUUGGCUUACAAACAACCAAGGCUUUUUUAUUAACAAAAAUUGGAAUUAUUAACUGAAACUAAUAUAUUUAUAAGCAGUGCUUGCUUUACAGUUUGUAAAUUAAAAUGGUAGCGAUUUAAAAAACAGCAACAACCAAACAAUGAUGUUAUGGUUUUAGAAUGAAAUAUUCUGUAUUAUUUAGUAUAUAAAUUGUAUGUAUUAUCUUUUUUCGUUGUUUGUACGUAAACGUAUGGUAUACUGGGAUAUAUUUCUUGUUUUCAUUGUAUUUUGAGUUAGUUUGUUUAACUAUUUUCAUUAAUUAAAUGUUGCCUUAUAAAUGUUUUUGCAUUAGAUAAUCUGAAUUGUAUUCCUCCGUCUGCAGAUAGAAUUGGGAUCUCUAAUCAUUGAAGUACUUGGGGUUUGCCUAUUAGUUUAUUAUUAUUUGUUUUAUAAUUAAGUUUCCUCAAGUUAAUGCAUACUUUGAUAAGAUUUACCUUUUACGGUUUUUUUCUUUUUUCCGGAGUGUUGGGAUAAGAGUGAGAUUUGUGCACGUAAACUGGUUUAAGCCCCCAGUAAAUUUACAUUUUACUGACCGUUUCAAGGCGGUACCUAACAAUCCUUGAAAAACAUACCUAGAUUUUUAUAUAGUUUAUAUGCACUGUGCUGUUUGUGGAGUUUUCUGCUGUUGUUCCUUGUUUCUUGUAGUGUUUGAAAAUCGGACUCCAUUUGCUAUCGAUAAUCGAAUCGAAUCGGACAAAGCAUUUCGAUUUACUAUGGGACAAUAAUCGAAAGUUCAUAAUAUAAGUAAGCAAUACAUUCUUUAUAUGGAAGGGAAUAUCCGCCAGGACAUUCAUACUGCUAAAUGACAAUGUGAUGUUAUUAACUUUCAUAUGCGUUCGGCAACAUGGCAACUGCAUUUUAGUUUCUAACAUUUGAUGUACAAGCAAUUCAUAUUUCUUGCUUCUUAUUGUUAAGGAAACAAUCCUUUCAUGAAAAUCAUUCAUUCUUGCAUGUGAUUGACAAGUGGGUUCAACCUUUUUGUUUGCUUACUGCAAUAUUGAAAUGUUUAUUUAUACUAUUUAUAACUGCAUUCUAUGUUUUCCUUCGCGCCUACUAAAUGUAACGAGCAAUAAACUACCUUGUGGAUCUUUCGUAUUUCUUAACUUGAUUGUUACUGCCUUUUGGAUUUAACAUUUAUCAUGUUUGCAGCCACUUGGUUCUUUUUUAUAGCACAGUUUCCCUGCAAAAAUAAUAAACCAACACACACGGCAGUUAUAAAUAUGUAAAUUUGCAGUACAACAAAAUUUAAUUCUGGUUAGUGCAUUAUAACAGUACAGGGAACCAAUAAAAAUGUCAAAUUCUAGCGCAAAUUACUAUAUACGGGUACCACUCUAGACAGCAAAUUCAGGUGUUCGGCAGUUUCCGUGGGUUAAACGGUGAGAGAGUCCAAACUUCUCCGUCUACUUCCGUAUUUGUUUUGUUUUCGUUGGAAAUGAUGAUGCGGGAAGUUUUGUCUUCAAAUGAGUUAUUAUCAACAAACGAAUAGAUCGUUCGAUUGAAAUUUUCUGUUUGCAUACGAAACACAUUAUAGAAAAUAAAAAAAAAAUGAUAGAACUCAAUGUGUGACGUUUUAGAGUAGAAUUCAGAACGGUUAUCGAAAUAUAACAAUAUGUGACCAAAACUUUAAUACAUAUAAUAACCUUUGUUGUGGAAAAGGGGGCGUGUCUAUAAUGUAUAAAUCCAACCUAGACUUUAGCGUUAAACAUAUUAACGAAUCCAUAACCGAUAGAAUUUGUGGAAUAGAAAUAGAUUGUAGAACUCUAAAGAUUUUUGCUUUCUGUGUUUACAUGCCUUCGGGAAAUUACGCUAAUGAUGUUUUCGAUAAUUACAUGAAUUCUUUAUAUGCUAUAUAUGAUACUUUUUCAGAAUAUGGAAUAGUAAUGUUUCUAGGAGACAUGCACGGUGAUAUUGUUGUAGGAAAUAAUCAAAGUAAUUUUCGAAAACGAAUUUUUUACGUACAAAUGACUUACUAACCUUAGUACAUCUUCCACUGUGUAAAGGUCCAAGAUAUACCUAUACUACUAUGGAAUCUAUGUUAGACCAUAUUAUUAUUUCAAAUAGAGAUAAAAAUCUUAUUGAAUGUGUAAAUAUAUUAGACGAUGUCAUGUUUAAUGUUUCUGAUCACUUGCCUGUUUUUGCAAUUGUGAAAGUACCAGUCAUACGGAUAAUCAAUGAAAAUGUAAAUCGCCACAUAUAGCAUGGCAAAAAAUAAAUCAGACACACAUAUCAGAAUAUCAAGCAAAACUAGGUAUAAAUUUACAAAUAAGAAAUACAAUUCACGUUGAUGAAAUGUACGAAUUUAUCGUUAAAGCAAUAAUAUUAUCGUCUAACCAAUGUCUUCCACAAUCUAAAUUUAAUCGCCAUGCGAAACCUUACUGGACGCCCGAAGUGAAAAAAUCAUAUAGUUUACAACGCGAAGCACGACGAGUAUGGGUUCUAGAAGGACAGCCAAGAGGAUGCCAUAACGAAUCAUACGCGAAAUAUAAACGCUGCAAGCAAAAUUUUGUAACGACACAAAAAAUAGCAAUUGAAAACGUUGAAAAUUACUUCAAUAGUCAGCUUAUCGAAGCAGCUGAAUGCGAUAGCAGAUUGUUUUGGAGCUUAAUUAAAUCUAGGAAAAACAAAAGACCAUCUGCCUGUACCCAUCUAUGCUACAAAAACACCUCUGUUAGAGAAGCAGGCGAUAUUUUAAAGGUAUUUACAAACUACUUUCGCGAUGUGUACUCACCUCUUCAAUGUGAACACUUUGAUAACGAUUUUAAAAAGCUUGUAGAAGAAAAAGUUAAAUAACUAAAAAUAUGAAACAGUACCGCAAAUAGCAUUUCAGAAAUAAAUCCAUCUAUCACUAGAGAAACAAUUAAAACGUAUAUUAAAACGUUGAAAAGGGGGAAGGCCUCAUCAUACGAUUUAAUGAACACUUAAUAUAUGGAGGCGAUGCAUUGCAUAAGGCCCUGGCAACGUUAUUCAAUACAAUAAUAAUCUCAGGCAAACUUCCAAAAAUGUCUAAAAAGGGAUUAAUUAUUCCUGCCUACAAAGAUAAUGGUAAACCAAGAACCCCGGAAACUAUAGACCUAUAACGUUAUUACCAAAUAUAUAUAAACUAUUUGAAACAGUCUUACAUGACGUAAUUACAAAAUGGGUAAAAGAAACCAACAUUGAAUUUCCAAAUCGACAGCAAAAUGCAUACCAAAAGAAUACAGGGGCAAUAACUGCGUCUUUUAAUUCGCAAGAAUCCAUCUAUCACAAUAUUGAGCUCCACAACAAAGUAAACGUCGCUAUGCUCGACAUAAUAAUGGCCUUUGACACUGUAUGGUUAGAUGCAAUAUUUUACAAGAUUGCAGGACUUGGAAUUCAAGGCAAAAUUUGGUCCCUUAUAGUUGACGCGCACAGUAAUAUGUAUAGUUGUAUCAUUGCAAACGGUUUAACCUCCAAGUUCUUUCCCGUGUUGCAAGGUAUACGCCAAGGGGGAAUUAUUCCAACUUGGAUAUAUAAUCUAUUCAUAAAUGGACUUUUAGAUUCACUCGAGCGAAGUGGACAAGUUUUAAAUGUUAUAAACGUAAUAACAAGUAACACUACGUUGGCUGAUGACAUCGCGUUAGCGGCAAUUUCACCAAACAUUAAUUUCUAUCUAGGGCCAAACAAAAUUGAACGCACCGAUAAAAUAAGACAUGUAGGUAUACAACUAAACGACAAAAUGACAGACAAUGAUAAAAUAUCGGUAGCGUGCAAGAAAGCGGAAUCAUCGUUCUAUUCCCUACUAUCAAUCACAUCAAUCCCCUUACAUCAGCAUCGUUAGUGUCAAUAAUUUGUAUACCAAAACUUGUUUUCAGAACUCUGAAACAAUCUAACAAAAUCAAACUGCAUGCAAUUAGAACGUUUUAUACGAAUGGCGGCAAAAACUAUUCAACGAUUUCCAUUCGUACACGAACCGACAUCUGUUUAGCGAUGUUAGGCUGGAAACGUAUAGAAAUCGAAAUAAAUUUAAAGAAGCUUAUGUUCCUCGAACGGCUAUGCAAUAUGCCGACAUCGGUGCUUACAAAACAGAUCUUCAAUAAAAGACUAGCCAUAUUUUCUUGCAGGACUGAUAAGUUUAUUCAAAAAAAGAUUUGUUCCAGACAUUAUAAGAAUUUUGUCAAAAUACAAGUUAUCUGAUUUUAAUAUUAGAUAUAUACAAACAGGAAUGUUUCCUAAAAAGCCAAUGUGGAAACGUAAAUGCAAAAUGUUGGUGUAUAAUACGGAAUUAGACGAUUGGAAACUAAGAGUUCAAAGUGACGCAACUUUUUGUCGCUUCAUGCUCCUACAUACAAGAAUCAAACCGGCCAUUAUAUGGACUUGUGCAAACGAUUUUCAAUCAAGGCGACAUGCUCUUGAAGUUAGUAAACUUUGGAUUGAACCUAGCAUAUACGAAAAUAAGUCAGUUAUGUUAUGUCACGCGUGUGGCGUUAUUAUAAAAAAUGCCGUAAAGCAUGUUCUAUUUUCAUGAAAUUUAUCGUCUGAUAUUUGAAAUAAUUUUAAAAAUACGCUUUCAGAAUACUUUCCCCACGACAUAUGUUCGUUGAUUUCGUUUGGUAAUGAGGAGGCAAAGUUGCAAUAUUUGAUUGGAAAAAAAACAUUUAGCUUUCAUAGAUAAGAACGUACACAAACAUUUCUUGAGAAUAGCAAUUCACUUUGUCUACAAAUGUUUAACUAUCUUGAAAAUACAUUUCAAUUACAAUUAGCAUGUAAACAUAAGUUAGCCAGAUUUAAUAUACAUUUCAAUUACAAUUAGCAUGUAAACAUAAGUUAGCCAGAUUUCGAUGAUGACUCUUAUGAUUUUUUUUUGAUCGUAAGUGAUAUUUUAUUGAUUGCAUAUUUAUGCAAGAAUUUGUUUGCUGUAUGAUAAUACCAAUACAAAUGUUACAAUAAGUAGAUAUCGUAAAUGUUCCUUUUUAACCUCAUUUCAUUGUAAUAAUGUCUGUAAACCUGUUUCGAGUCCCUGCUUGCACAACAGUUUAUCGUGAUAAUGUAACAUUUUUUGCAUUUUUCUCUCUUUUUUGAUAUAAACAUAUUCUUUACCAAUGCACAUUUUGUCAUAUUCGUGUUAUCUUUCUACUUGCAAAUGUUUAUCUGAUCGUAUCAUUAGUAUAUCUUCACAUGUACUUAUCAUGACAUAUUUCUUUUCGUUUAUUUUGUUAACACAUGCAUUUAUAUAUUUAUAUGUUAAUUAAUAUAUGUAUCUCGAUCAGAGAAAAUAAAGAUCAUAUAUACUCUUACCUUAAACUUAGUCAGUUCGUACACUAGUCAUCUCAUAUGCUGUUUGGUCAACUGGUUCUUGAAAAUUGGCGGAUAUGUGUUUUGAUUAUGCACCAGUCAAUUGUAACCACGCCCCCCAUCAGGUCCGGGGAAUAGCGGGAACUUUGACUUUCGGUCCAGCCAAGCUCGGGCAAAGUCCUCACCCUACUUAUAUCCACACUGUAUCUAGUUUUUUUCGAAAACUCUCAACUGUCCGAAUUGGGGUCCUAUUCCGAAAUGUUCAUAGUGUUUUAUGAUAGUGUUAUUGGUAGUGAACAUAUUUCUCUUCCUGGCGAGGUUUUAACAUUUUUGUCGCAAUUGAAUUGCAUGCUUUUUUCCAAAUGAGCUGUAUAAAUACUGUAUCUUGAUUGUUUUCGGUUUGGUGUUUUCGGUUUGUUGUUUGGUUGUGGUCGAAUCCGUCUGGUAUUUUUUUUCUAAGACACCGUGCAUGGUUCAUCGAUUUUACGGAAACUGCCGGAAAUUCUGGUUCCCAGCGUUAUAUGAAUUACAUAUUACAAAUGGUAAAGACUUUGAUUAACUUCAUGUUGAUUAGUGCUUACUUAGUAUUGUUUUUGCCUUGCAUAACUUUCAAUCAUUUAAUGCCUAAACUACUUUUACUUGAUGUUUAAUAAAUAUACGUAUAUUAACAUCCAGCAUAUGAGAUAGCACAGCUACGCAAGUGAAGAUAGCAAAAGUAAGAAUCCAUUUGUCAGAUUUAUGAAUGAAACCCACAACAGGGACCUAUAUACAAAACAACCACAACGGGCAACAACUAUAUGUUAACAUGCAUGUGUCACUAUUAAAUAAUGGAGGAACGAUUUUAUCAGUUUUACAAAGUAAAACGUACAAAGCAAUAAGAACUUGUUCGCAAAAACAUUUUAAGAUGGCACAGAAUGGAUGCAUUUGCCAUUUACACGCAAGAAUAUGUGAUUCACAUACAUCAAAUAACACAAGGUAAUUUGCGAUUGUCAUUUAGCAGCAUGCAUGUCCUGGCGGAUAUUCCCUUCCAGAUCUUUAUACAUAUUAUUAAAUGGUUAAACCUGGAAUCAGUAAGUGUGAUUUGCAACAGUAAGUAAAUGUCCAUUACCUUUUCUGUCUUUAAUAAUUUAACGAAAAAACAUAACAACUAAACACAUGCUUAAUAAUCGCACAUUAAUUGCAAAAUGAUGCACACCGCACCAAGUAAGUUAUCUACAUGUUAUCCAUGUUAAACAUAUUAAAUAAUUGUGAACCAGCUUAACAUUUAAUAAACCAGGGCGUAGCUAGCGUUACGCACUUACGCACGUGCGUAACAUCAAUUAAAAAGUGAAAACAAAAUAUAGCCAGAAAUGACAUCGAAAUAGAAAGCUAAGGGUUUAGACUUAAUUGUCAGGAAAAACUCAAUGUCAUCAAUGUAGUUUCUGUUUCAGUUUUAUUUAAAAAAAAUAGGCCCAUGAUUACAAAUAUAUCCGGUGGCCGUGUUAAUUAGCGCAAACAAAAAUACUAUUAGAUAUUUGUUAAUUGUGAAAAAUAAUACCUUUGCUGUUUUAUGAUUUUCAUUCAAAUCAAAAAUGGAGAUUUAAUGAGUUGGUCGAUUGACCUUUUCCCACCUUAUUAUUAAUAAGGAAAUGUGCAACAAAGACGGGACAUUCCUUUACGAAAAGCUGUAGAGUCGUGUCUGUUAUACUCGUAUUUAUCAAAGAAUUCCGCGUCGUCAAGCGGGUGUCGGCCCCAACGUCUGCAAAUGGACAGCAGAUGUUUCCUGGCAGUUAUAAAUCGUAAUAAACGCUAGGUUUACUUUGCAUUUCAUCGUCACUGGCCAGAGACAGACGAGAGGCCGACGACCGGAGUGAAGCCGUUGCGCUCUGUCCACCUUCAUCCAGCUGUACGAUUUCGUCGCUACGCUUAUGAUGAUGUGUGGCAUUCUGUAAUACCUGAAGAACCUGUCCAUGAACCUGCAGACCCGCCAUGGAAUGUAAAGCCGAGUGAAGACGUGUUGAUGACGGGCUUCUUCAUUUCCACGGCUCUGCACGAGGCGCUGAUGUUGGAGUACGGGCGACAGCAGAUGGGACUUCUCAUUAACCAGUCGCGAGGCCAACCGACGUCCGGAAGCAGUGUUGGACCAGUACACUCCUCAAUAACAUUAUUGCUUAUGACCCCAUGGAAGCUGAAAAUCAGUGGUUUUCUUGAACAUGUCGUUGACCAAUUCAAGGCGGGCAUAGAGAAUCUUGUCGUCAUUGUGUCAGUCAAGCCUGCUGAUCCCGGCUUCUACAUCAGACUGUAAGCAACCGGGCUUCUCCACGUUAAAAGAAUGAAAAUGUGUCAUCGCAGUGGACCAGACAACGACAUCAUAAACUAGCUUCUGAUGAUCUUCAUUGAGGGUGCGCCAGUGAAGAAGUUCGAAUGACGUGGCAUUUUAUCGCAGGGGGCUCAAGGCGAAAUUCGUCGGCUUUCCGUGUGACUUCUUGUGUACAUGUUUGUAGGCAGAUUCAUUUUGUGAUUUGUUUCAACCAAUUAUUAAUUUAUUUACUUGCAUUUAUUCGAUUGUGCGUUAUAUAUUUCAUUAACUUUGCAGUAAUUGUUGUUGUUUUGUGAUUUAUUUGAUAGUGUUUAAUUUACACGUUUUGACCUCAAUAAAUAAAGUAAUAUACGACAAACUGCACAAUAGCU